UAAGAUCUGGCUGCCAGAUGUUGCGGGAGGAUCGGGGCAGCUGCAGAGGCAGAGCCAGGAAAAUUCCCAGCCCCUCGCUGCCUGCCCCAGAGAUGAUCGUGCUGCUGCUCCUCUCGGCGCUGCUGUGUGAGCAGGCUGCAGCCUGGGGCUUCAGGGAUGGAGUGCUGCACAACUCCAUCUGGCUAGAGCGGGCGGCCGGCGUGUACCACCGCGAGUCGCGCUCGGGCAAGUACCGGCUGACCUUCGCCGAGGCCAGGGCCGUGUGCGAGUACGAGGGAGGACGCCUGGCCACGCUGCAGCAGCUGGAGGCAGCUCGGAAAAUAGGUUUCCACGUGUGUGCUGCUGGCUGGAUGGCCAAGGGCAGAGUUGGGUAUCCCAUAGUAAAAGCAGGAGCCAACUGUGGCUUUGGCAAGACUGGAAUUGUUGAUUAUGGAAUUCGCCUCAACAGGAGCGAGAGGUGGGACGCCUACUGCUACAACCCCAACGGCAAGGAGUGCGGAGGGGUUUUCACGGACUCCAAGCACGUUUUUAAAUCGCCGGGUUACCCCAAGGAGUACGAGAACGAGCAGGUUUGCUACUGGCACAUCCGCGUCAGCUACGGGCACAGGAUCCACCUGCAGUUCCUGGAGUUCGACCUGGAGGAGGACACGGCGUGCCUGGCGGAUUUCCUGGAGGUCUACGACAGCUACGACGAUGUCAACGGCUUCGUGGGCAGAUUUUGUGGAGAUGAGUUGCCAGAUGACAUCAUUAGCACAGGGAAUGUGAUGACGCUGAAGUUCCUGACGGACGCCUCAGUGACCGCGGGCGGGUUCCAGAUCCGUUAUUCCGCUCUGGAGCCCCCUCAGCCCCGAAACGCCUCCGGCCCGGCCCGGAGCAGCUUCGUGUCCGGAAAAUUCGGGAUUAUGUGAGCACAGCAACCCACACACAACCUGCUUCAGCCUGAACUCAAUCCAGAUUUUUUUCAGAUUUUUGUUUUGUCUCUUUUUUAUAUAUUUUUUUUUCAUUUCUCUGUCUGAGUUUGUGGUUUUGCUAUGUUUCGGUAAGAAAUACACUAGGGAAUAAAUUAUAAAAUAUACUUACAAGGAUUUUUUUAGUAUACAAGUGUAAAAUUCAUUGUUACCAAAUAUUUAAAAUUAUUUUUUUCUAUGUAAACAGCUCCUUCUCCUCAUUUCUUGCGUCACUUGAACCAACUUUUUGUGUGACUGUCAUGAUCGUUUUUAAAUUUACGCUCUCCUCUCUUUAUUUCCCUUGAUUUCCACAUAUUUAUUUUUUUAGACUGUUGCUUUAUUUCCACUAUUCUCUACACAUUAUUAUUAUUAUUAUUUGUUUUUAAUGAAUUGAUUUUCUUGAACUGGAAAGGCCUUCAGUGUAAGCUCAUUUUUAAGACACAAAAAUUCAUCUUGUGGAUGGCCUGGCAGGCACCAGGUGCAGAAGAUUGGGAAGAGCACAGGAUCAGCUGGAUCCACACUUUGAUUUUCUUGGCAGAUCCAUGGGUUCUGUCAGGGUUUCCUCAUCCAAAGCAUGAAAGGAAUGACUUGGUAAAGAGAAUAAAAGUGGUGAGAGGAAGCAGCAGGAGGAAUUUCUCAUCGAGCACGUUCAGAAGACACCACCGAGGUGCUGGACCUUGUUUACACCGGUUUAAGACUGUUCUAGUUGAAAUUGUUGAAUUUAAAUCAUUUAAGACUGUUCUAUUUGAAAUUGCUGAAUUUAAAAUCCUUUAUGACUGUUCUAGUUGAAAUUGCUGAAUUUAAAUCCUUUAAGACUGUUCUAUUUGAAAUUGCUGAAUUUAAAAUCCCUUAUGACUGUUCUAUUUGAAAUUGCUGAAUUUAAAAUCCCUUAUGACUGUUCUAGUUGAAAUUGCUGAAUUUAAAAUCCUUUACAACUGUUCUAGUUGAAAUUGCUGAAUUUAAAAUCCUUUACGACUAUUCUAGUUGAAAUUGCUGAAUUUAAAUAAUUUAAGACUGUUCUAGUUGGAAUUGCUGAAUUUAAAUCAUUUAAGACUGUUCUAGUUGGAAUUGCUGAAUUUAAAUCAUUUAAGACUGUUCUAGUUGAAAUUGCUGAAUUUAAAUCAUUUAAGACUGUUCUAGUUGAAAUUGCUGAAUUUAAAUCCUUUACAACUAUUCUAGUUGAAAUUGCUGAAUUUAAAUCAUUUAAGACUGUUCUAUUUGAAAUUGCUGAAUUUAAAAUCCCUUAUGACUGUUCUAUUUGAAAUUGCUGAAUUUAAAAUCCUUUACGACUGUUCUAAUUGAAAUUGCUGAAUUUAAAUCAUUUAGACUGUUCUAGUUGAAAUUGCUGAAUUUAAAUAAUUUAAGACUAUUCUAGUUGAAAUUGCUGAAUUUAAAUCCUUUAAGACUGUUCUAUUUGAAAUUGCUGAAUUUAAAUCCUUCUCCAAAUGUUUUUACCUGAAGCAGCAUUAAAGCUACCUCUGGUCUUAUCCCA